GUGCAAAUACUACUGGGCCAUCUUUAGGAGAACAUGAUGAGAAGAAGAGUAGUCUCACACUGUUUAUAACAGUGUGUUUAUUUAUUAGGGUGCCCACUUCCCCAUGCACCACUACAUCACUGGUGCAAACAGUUUUAAAACUGAACCCAAGAUCAAAUUCUAGUGAUCUAUGCCUACGGUAUCGUAAAGUGCGGGCACAUCAACUUUUAUCCUCUACCAUGUGAUCCUGUGCAGGGUGGGCUCUGUAGGAAAUGUCAAAGUUCACAUAUCCACAAUAUUAUGGUAGACGGUGGAAGGCUAUUAAUAUACAGAGGCACCUAUAAAUAUCCCUGAAGUACAUUAGAGUAAGGAAUAACUAUGAUCUAAGUGUUGAAAAUCAAAGGCAGACCUGCAGCGAGGAAAAUGAUUGGACCUUUAGGCCUACUCGUCCUCUUGGUGGUGAACCUGGUGUUAGUGAGUGGCACUCCGGUGGAAGUGAGUGGCACUCCGGUGGUAGUGGGCGACCCUCCGGUGGUAGUGGGCGACACUCCGGUGGUAGUGGGCGACCCUCCGGUGGUAGUCAGCGACACUCCGGUGGUGCCGAGCGACACUCCGGUGGUGCUGUGCGACCCUCCGGUGGUAGUGAGCGACACUCCGGUGGUAGUGAGCGGUACACCUGAGUCGCUUCCAGUGGAUUGCAGCGACCUCUAUAGCAACGGCUUCGGUAACAGUGGCGUCUAUACGAUCUUUCCAGCGGGACCCACUUCCCCGGUUCAGGUCUUCUGUGAAAUGGGCAGCAUGGAUGCACCAGAUAGUAACAAAUGGACGGUCAUUCAAAGAAGGACUGAUGGCACCAUUAACUUCUACCGUGGGUGGGAACAGUACAAGACUGGAUUCGGACAGGCGUCAAGUGAAUACUGGUUGGGUCUGGAGAAUAUCCAUCUCCUGUCUGGGAAAAAAAGCUACAAGCUGAGGGUGGACAUGGAGGACUUCGAUGGCGCAAAGGUAUUCGCGGAGUAUUCCUCCUUCAAUGUGGCCCCAGAGAAGGACGGAUACAGGCUCACGUUUAGUGGCUUCAAAGACGGUGGCGCGGGAGAUUCGAUGCAUGUUCAUAAUGGUCAGAAGUUCUCAACGUUUGAUAUGGACCAAGAUUCCUUUGCUCAAAACUGUGCAAAAAUGUUCCUGGGAGGAUGGUGGUACGUUGAUUGCCAUCAUGCCAACCCUAACGGGGAGUAUUUGUGGGGCGAAUCACACUAUGGCCUUGGAGUUAUUUGGAAUUCUUGGAAAGGACGAACGUAUUCCUUAAAAGCCAUUGCAUUUAAGUUAAGUCCCCAAUUGGAACUGGAUGUUAUUAGAUGAAUUGUAGUAGAAUUACAAUUCAUUGACAGUGUGAUUAUUUAGUUGACGAGGGUUAGGCCCGUUAUAUUAAGUCAUAAAUAAUUAGAUACAACGUCCACAUGCUAAGCAUCAGAUGGGAUUUCAGCAUUAUAUUUUUUAGGCCUUUUACUCAAUAAAGAAUGAGAACAUU